AUGUCUUGUCUGCCCGUCUGCACCCAAAGAAUGAAAGAAUUGGCAAAGGAGCGUGAAUUGGAACAUGGUAAAAGGAUCGAGUGGAAUGAUUGGGUUGCCGAUAACCUUGUGGUGCAGUUUGAGAAGCUGGUUUUCCCUCGAAGAUCUCAGUUGCCUCGUGCAAGUGCUGUCCCUCAUUGGGAGUAUUCCUGCCAGCGUCUCAAUCACGCUUUUGUACGGGACGAAUACUCGCAACUCACACUGAUACCGUCAGUCCGAGAAAAUGAACUUGUUCUGCAGUUCCACGAUUUUGAGACAAUGGGCCAGAAAUCAGAUGGAGAAAUCAUAUUUCUUGAUGACAUUACGCAGGCCCAGGCACUGCCAUCUCAAGACUCUGUUCUACAUUUGCUCCCUGCCGCAGAUGAACCUCAAAGUGCCGGUUACUUCUGUCGCUUUGCUAUCCGCGAUAGAAGCAAUGCGAACGCAGCUUGCAUCACGCCACUAAAUUCUGGGUUACUUUCCCGUCAAGAUCGAUGGAAGCGCCCUCGUUAUGCGCCAUCCAAGCCUAUUGUCAUUGACCUCAGUCCACGGGAUCUAGGACUCGCUGAAGGUUUUUCCCAGGCUGAAUUUGACAUCAUCGCUGGUUUGGGAUUCGACUCGGAACAGGACAUGAGUUGGAGGACCAGGUAUCCUACAGCAACUAUUUACGAUGAAAGUCCGCCGUCUGUUCUUUCGCACAUGAGACGCGGAAAAUUGCUGCCUCCUCAGGACGUGAAAGCUGGCGUUCCAAAAGUACUGAUCUUCUCGGAGACUGGGCCAUUGGUCAUCGGAGGUGGUGAAGACCCCUACUUUGACCUGCCCCUUCUGAACAUAAUCAAUGAACUGAAUGCCAGCGAGGAUGACUUUGACUUUCUGGUCUCUAUACAGCCAGCAGGAAUUCUGCAUCCACAGUGCCUUCCUUCCUUUGCAAAGGCUGUUCUCGAACUCCUGAAGAAACGAAACUCAGUGCAUGUUUUCAGCGUCCGUCUACCAGAUCAUGGGAUCUCGAACAGUCAGACAUACAUCGUCCUGCUUGCCUCUCCCAUCUGCUCCGACGUCCCUUGGCCUGCGACCCACCUUGACACAAAGAGCAUCGAAGAGCAGAUCUGCCAUCUCAAGUCUAAGAACCCUCGGGCGGAUGACACACACCCUACAGCAGGGAAACAUGUAUUCUUGAAUCCUGCGGGUCAGGUCAAUGUCUACAACCAUGGCACCGGUCAGCUGCCUGAUGCGACUGACAGGCCGUACUUUAAAACCGUCGACUUUGAGAGCAACAUCAUCUUGCCAACACUUUACAGCGAUCACGGCUGGCUGCACCCUACUCGCCACGAUAUUCUUACGGUACGCGAAUGCGCUCGCAUCCAGGGGUUCCCUGAUGAUUACAUUUUCUAUGGCGCCGACAAGGCCCUUCGUUCUCAGAUCAUUGCAUCAUUUCCGCCGCCUAUCGCGCGGGGCAUCGCGGAGGCAAUUCGUAAGAUCAUCAAGGAGCAUACGGCGCCCGGAUUGGAUGCAAGCACAUUUGCUGCUCUGAAUCUGGGUGGGCGACCGCAGAAGAGGACUCGAGUGGAUUGA